AUGGACGACGAGCAGAAGACACAACAGGAAGACUGGCUCAACAGCCGCAAGCACAGGCUCCCAUCCUUCACAGAGGUCCUCUCAAGACGAACGCGACCCCCCGUCGACUUGUUUAUGUUCUACUUAUUCCUUCAGCGUGAAGGGGCAGAAGACAUACUGGACUUUUGGCUUGAUGUGCAACAGCAUGAGAAUCUCUGCAGGGCUUACUUCAAGGACGUCCGCAAGUCGGGACGAACGAUCAAGGAGGACUGGCCUCAGUAUUGGGAUUAUGCUAGGAGGCGUGGAUCAAUUUAUGGCACGGUCGUCGGUCUUCAACCCGGCCCUCCCAAACGAAGUACUACGAGUACAGCGGACCUUUUAAGUGACCAGGAAAAACAAGCUUUAGCCGCUACGGGCGAGGAGAAACAGAGCGGGGAGCGCUCUACCAGUCCUCCCUCACGAACUCCCGGUCUUGAGAAGGAGCGAAUCGCGUCCGCAUCAUCCCCUACAGCAGACUACGACCCUCCUCGUUCGACGACUCCUUUCUCCCUUUCAGGCCGCACUCCUACUUUUUUCAUGAGGCGGGCCUCGCGUGCACCCACAAUCAUCCCUCGCUCCGCAGCUAUCACUCGCAUGGAUCUCAUCGCUUCCGCAGAGCGUAUCUUCUAUCGCUAUCUCUGCCCACCUAAUACCGUCAACUCUCCAGAGAAUCACGAGAUAUACCUUCCUCCAGCACUUCGGAUCCAUUCAUUUCCGCUGAGCAGCACACAAGAGCCCAAGACACAGAACGAGCUCAACCUGUUGGCUCAUGUGCCUGACAUGUUCCAUGCACAGAAGGAGUACUGCUUCCGCGCGAUGGAACAAGAUGCCUUCCCGCGAUUCCUUCGGGCCAAAGCUUUCGGAAAUUUGACACCCCUGUCAGCCCUUGUGCGACUAGUCCUUGGAUUAAUUAUCUUGUGGAUCGGUCUCGCAGUGGGAUUCUCGCUUAUCUUCCUCGACGUGACGCCAAAGUCGAAGCGAUUUUUCCUUUUCCUUCCCUUUACGUUUGCCAUCCUAUUUCUUAUUUCACAUCAAUACGAGUUGGACCCAAUCCUCGUCUUCCUCGGGCAAUCCGAAUCGACGCCGUUCCGCACCCUCACGAUCCGCGAGCCAUACGUGAAGAAGCUCCUCCUCGGUCGGGCCAUAUGGGUCACUACUCUCGUGGCGCUCUGUUCGACAGCACUAACGCUGAUCUUUUGGGCUGUUCCGGGUCAUAGACUGUGA